UGUCAUGUACGUUUUCGUUUUUUAAGGAAGUAAUAACUAAUAACAAAAGUAAUGUGGAAGUUUGAGAAAAGCAUAUACAAAGAGGAAAUAUCCUGUAGGCUUUGCCACAGUAUCAUAAAUGAUGAGAAUUUCGUGGUAAUAGAAGAAAGUAUCCGACAAAUCCUAGAUGUCCUUUUACUGAAACUAAACGGGACAGAAAAAGGCAAAUCUGUAGUAUGCGAUGCCUGUUCAAUUAAACUGUAUGCGGCAUUUAAUUUCAAGGCAAUUUGUAAGGAGACGGAGGACUGUAUUUUUUCCUACACUGAUUCUGAAAUUGGGGCGCCGGUCGACCUAAGUGAAAUUUAUGUAAAGGAAAGAGGCAGGGAACAUUUCAAAGAUAUAUUGGAAGACGAGAGGAUUUGUCGGCUCUGUAUGCAGGUGAUCACCGAUGGGUUUACUUCGAUAAAAGAUGUAGAUGUUGAUUCGCUCCACAUAUACAUUCCAGAAGUGAACUUUAAUUCCGUCAGAGAACCCGUUGUUUGCAAAGUUUGCCUCGAUUCACUGGACACUCACACAAGUUUUUUAAGAUAUUGUCUAAACAUGGAAGAGAUCAGACAUAUUUCAUGUGACGAAGCCAUAAAAAGUCCUCACCAUAAUAUCAAAGAGGAAAUUGAAUUCAAACAUGAAGAUUAUAUCUCCCCAUCAGACGGUGAGCCCGUUGACUACAAAAGUGACUGCAAACCCGAAUAUGCAAGAUCUACAAGUAAUUCUAUACAUUAUACCCAAAAAGAACCGAUACAAAUCGACAAUGAAGGAUUUCAGUUAAAAAAUGAACCCGUUGACUACGAAAGUGACUCCCAAUCUGAAUAUGCGGGAUCUACAAGUAAUUCUAUGGGUGAUACCCAAAAGGAACCGACGCAAGUCGAAGGGGAAGACUUCUGGUUAGAAGAUAAGGAUUUUUCUAAAAUGCAGACAUAUGAAUGUGAUUCCGAUUAUGAAAACGAACAAUCGAGGUCUCUUGUAUGCCACAAAGACAUUCCCGAAAAAGAUAUAUUGAAUGAGGGCAAUCUUGAGCAACACCAAGUAAAACAUGAAGACAACCCUGAAGAGGAAAUGUUGAAAUGUGAUUCAUGUGAUUAUACAACGGGUCGAAAGCGCAAUCUUGCACACCAUCGGCUGAAACACAAACAUGACCCCGAGGAGCAGAUGUUGAAAUGUCCUUCAUGCGAUUAUAGAACCAUUUAUAAGCAUUAUCUUGCAAAACAUCGACUAAAGCAUAAAGUCUUCUCGAAGGAGCAGAAGUAUAAAUGCGAUUCCUGUGAUUUUAAAACCGUCAAUCAGGGCAAUCUUACGCAACAUCAAUUAAAACAUAAAGACAUUCCUGAAGCAGAAAUAUUGAAGUGCGAUUUGUGUAAUUAUAAAACCGGUCAAAAGCGUAAUCUUACACAACAUCAGCUGAGACACAGAUACGUUCCCGAAGAGCAGAUGUUGAAAUGCGAUUUCUGCAAUUUUAAAACAACUCAAAAGCAGUAUCUCAGGCUACACCAAAGACGGCACGAAGUCAGCAAGGAGCGGAAGUAUAAAUGUGAUUCGUGCGAUUACGAAACCAUUUAUAAGUAUUAUCUUAAAGAACACCAUCUAAAACAUAAAGACAUCCCCGAAGAAGAAAUGUUAAAAUGCGAUUCGUGUGAUUAUAAAACCGGUCAAAAGCGCAACCUUGCACGUCACCGGCUGAAACACAAACAAAUCCGCGAAGAGCAGAUGUUGAAAUGUGAUUUGUGCAGUUACAAAACCGCUCAUAAGCACUAUCUUAUCGAACAUAUACUUAGACACAAAGCAGUUAUCGAGGAAAAGACACUGAAAUGUGAUUCCUGCGAUUUUACAACCAUUUAUAGGCGCAAUCUUAGGCAACAUAAACUAACACACAGCGACAUACCCGAAGAGGAAACGUUUAAAUGUGACUCGUGCAGUUUUAAAACCAUUUAUAAGCACUAUCUUCGACAACAUCAACUGCAACAUGAAGACAUCCCUGAAGAAGAAAAGUUGAAAUGCGAUUUCUGCGAUUACAAAACCGUUCAUAAGCAGCAUCUUAAGAAACAUGUGGUGCUACACGAUGGCACCAUUCCCAAAAAGCGGAUGCUGAGAUGCAACUCGUGUGAUUUUAAAACCGUUUAUACGAGCAGUCUUACGCAACAUCAACUAAAACAUAAAGACAACCCUGAACUGGAAACGUUCAAAUGUGAUUCGUGCGAUUAUAAAACUGUUCAUAAGUACUACCUUAAGAAACAUCAUAAAAUACACAAAACCAUCCCCGAAGAGCAGAUGUCGAAAUGCGACUCAUGCAAUUAUAAAACUAUUUCGAAGAGCAAUCUUAAAAAACAUCAACUGACGCACAAAACCGUCUCCGACGAGCAGAUGUUGAAAUGCCCCUCGUGCGAUUAUAGCACCGCUUGUGAGCAUUACCUCAAAAAGCAUCAAUUAAAGCACAAACGCCGCUUCGAGCAGCAGGAGUACAAGUGCGGCUCGUGCGACUAUAAAACCAUUUCCCAGGCCCGUCUUACCCGGCACCGCCUUAAACACAAAGACACCCCAGAGAUAUUUAAAUGCGAUUCCUGCCACUUUAAAACCAUUUAUAAACGCAGUCUUAGGCAACAUAAAAUAAAAUGUAUAUUGAAUCAGCUAAUACACAAAACCACCGCCGAGGGGACGUUCAAAUGCGAUUCUUGCAAUUAUAGAACCCGUAUAAAGAGCCGUCUUGAACGCCAUCGGCUGAGACACAGAGACAUCCCCGAGGAGCAGAUGUUUAAAUGCGAUUCGUGCAGUUACAAAACCGUUCACAAGCCGUACCUUACACAACAUCAACUAAGGCACAAACUGCGCUCCGAAGACCGGGGGUAUAAAUGUGACUCGUGCGACUACAAAACCAUUUAUCACACCUGCCUCAAACGGCACCAGCUCACACACAAAGACAUCUCCGCGAAGCAGACGUAUAAGUGCGACUUUUGCGAUUUUAAAUCCGCUUACAAGCAGAACCUUACGCAACACCUGCAUACACAAGACGAUGAGAAGUUUGAAUGCGAUUCGUGCGAUUUUAAAACCGUUUUCAAACAGUGCUUUUUACGACACCAACUGGGGCACAAGGUCUCCGACAAGCAGGAGUAUAAAUGCCAUUCGUGUGAUUUUAAAACCAUUUACAAAUACAACCUCAAGCAGCACCAGUACAGACACGACGUUCUGCCAGAGGAAGUGUUCAAGUGCGAUUCUUGUGCCUUUACAACCAUUUAUAAAUACUAUUUUACACGACAUCAGCUUAAACACAAAGGCGUCCUUGAGGGCAUGUUAGAAUGUGAAUCCUGCGAUUAUAAAACUAUGUAUAAGGGGAGUCUGAAACGACAUCGGUUGAGACAUAAGGAUGCCCAAAAAGUGGACGGUUAAAUGCGAUUCGCGUGGUUUUAAAACCGUUUAUAAGCGUAAUAGUAAGACACAAUAGAUAUGUUCGUUAGUGUUUUGAAAAACAGAUGUGAAACGUAAAUGCAAAUCUCUACGAUUAUUUCUGAUGUGGAAAUUUGCACGAAAGAAUUUUUUGCACAAUUGGAUUCCAGGGUUGCGAAAGUUUCAGUUAAAUCGCAAUUAAAACCGUUAUUUUGUUUUUUUUUUAAUUGCGAAUUAAAUAGUUAUUUUAACUGAUAACUUUAACAUACUAUAGAAAAUACAACUGGAUGUGGAACACCUCAAGGAAGUGCGCUGGGGCCAAUGUUUUAAUUUUUAAUCUACACACAUCCUUUAAGUGAUUUUAUCUGUCUAUUUCCUGAUGAUGCCUGUUCCAAGUAAGGCUCUAGUGGGUGUAAUGGACAAAAUGACUCACUAGUACAACUUCAAUUAUAUCUAGAUACUAAUAAAUUUAAAUAUUGCGAGAACUAAGUGUAUGAUACUAACAAUUAAACAUAAAUUUAAUAUAGAUUUCAGUAAUGUUAAAAUAAACAUUAAUAAUAAUGAUA